GGAUUAUUAUCUAAAUCGAAUUCGUUCGACAGUAACAUCAGUUGCUGCACAAGUUAGCAACGCUCUUUCUGCUAAUCCGAUAACAAGAGAUUAUGAAGUUUUUUCACUUAUUGCCACUGCUGGUUCUUCUUUGACAUGGAAAAUUUAUUCUGGACGAAAGCGUUCAACUAAGCAGGUAGUUGCAAUAUGGCUUUUCGAGAAAAAAGAUUCUGAAAAAUGGCCUCGGUAUGAAAAGGAACUUUUCAGCGAAAUACUGAAAAAGGGUGUGCAACAGUUAACGAAAUUGAGGCAUCCUCGAAUACUUGUUGUUUUCAGCGAAUCUUAUGCAUUUUGCACUGAGCCAGUUUUUGCAAGUCUAGCAAAUUGUUUUUCAUCGACAACUGAUAAUAUGCCACAUUUGAACGAUUUUCAUUUGUUGGAUAUUGAAAUUCGACAUGGUUUGUUUCAGGUUGCUGAAGCUCUUUCAUUCUUGCACGUCGAUGCCCGAAUGCUUCAUAGAAACAUUUGCCCAGAAAAUAUUAUAAUAAAUAAUAGAGGGGCUUGGAAAUUGGGUGGAUUCGAUUUUGCAAUUCAAGGCACAUCAACCAAUAAUGGAAAAGUUACUUAUGAUAUGCUAGAAUGGGAUCAACGAAUUAUGUCUAUAGUGCAGCCAUCCUUGAAUUAUAUUGCACCAGAAUAUAUAAUUGGUGGAAGAUGUGAUUCAUAUGCAGACAUAUAUUCGUUGGGUGUAUUAUCUGUUGUUAUUUUUAAUAAAGGAAAACCUCCUUUUGAUCAUCAAAAUAUGCUCGAUAUCUUCCGAAGAAAUAUCGAAAAAGUGAAAACAUUUCCAUUGUCAAUUCUAUCAAAUGUUCCUACAGAACUUCGAGAUGACUUGAAAAUGUGCUUUAAUAUCACUCCUGAUUUGCGACCAGAUGCCACUCAGUUUUCCAAGGUUAUCUACUUCGAUGAUCCUUUAUUGAAAACACUUAAUUAUUUGGAUGCACUUUGUCAAAUGGAUAAUUGUCAGAAAAUGCAUUUUUUCAAAGGAUUACCUCAAAUUUUAAUAAAAUUCCCUAAAGUUAUAUUAUUCAGAAAACCAAUAUUUCUUCCUAUUUAAUU